CCGCGAUUGUUGCCGCAUUCGUCGGUCUGCACCGAGGUUCACGUGACCGGGGUAUCUGGCAUUUUUUUUCUCCGACGAUUAGGGUCUUGGAAAACACCAGGAAAAGGUCCACACUAUUGCAAAGGGCCACGGUUUUCGGAGAGGGCAAGAUAUGGAUAUAAAAGAGAAGUCUUGCUGUCGGCAGUCGUUUCCAGAGAGACGAAAAGUGGCUGGUGAAUGGGUGAAUACGGGACUGUGAAGAGAACUGAAAUGUCUGACAACACAAGAGAUAACGAAAAAGAUAACGAGAUGGUUGAGACCAACAGUGAACAGAUAACCGAUGGAUCGCAGGACCAGGAGUAUCAGUACUACGGGAAGGACGAGGAGGGACAGGAGCGGUCUGUGGACGAAGAAAGGGCGGAGUUGGAGCUCCAGAGAGUGGAUUCGAUCAAGUCAGUGAGAGACGCAAUUCCUGACAAAUUCACGGGCAGAGGGUUGACGUCGGUGAUUGGAUGUGCAUUCUUCAACUUCAACACCUGGGGCGCCAACUCGGCGUACGCGCUCUACUUGCAGGAGUACCUCAAACACAGCGAUUUCGAGGGUGCCACAAAGUACUCGUAUGCCAUUGUCGGUGGGCUUGCAUUCAGCUCUGGCUUGAUCUUCUCCCCCUUGAUCAACCUACUGGUUGGCACCAUUGGCAUUAAGCCCACCAUCUGCGUCGGUGUCCUGAUAUACUUUGCUGCGAUAAUGCUGGCCUCGUUUGCAACCAAGCUCUGGCACAUUUAUUGUACCCAGGGAGUGCUGUCCGGCGUGGGGAUGGCUCUCAUCUGCGUUGCUAACAUCAACAUUGUUCCUCAGUGGUUCAAAGGAGGCCCCGGUGGUAAGAGAAACGUUGCGAUGGGUAUUCAAGCCGCCGGAUCGGGCCUGGGUGGUAUAAUUUACAACAUUGGUUUGGAGCCCUUGUUGCGGAGAAAAACCUUCAGAUGGUCCUUGCGGGCACAGGCAAUAAUGUGCUUGGGCUUGAAUAUCCUUGCCGUUCUUCUUGUCAAAUCUAGAAACGCGUCCAUCAAACCUGUCUUCAAGGUUUACGAUCGGUUGGUCUGGAGCAACUUCGGGUGUCUAUGCUUGGUCUUUUAUAUCAUGUUCACCUUGUUUGGCUACGUGGUGUUGAUGUACAACUUGGGAGACUUUACCAGGUCGAUGGGUUACUCUUCCGAGCAGGCAUCAGUCGUCUCGACAAUGGUGGCAGUGGGCAUUAUCUACGGACGGCCUUCGGUCGGCAAGGUUGGCGAUAUCAUCGGCCCAGUGAAUGUGACCAUAUUGGCUUCGUGGCUAGUUGCUUUGUUCACUUGGUCCAUGUGGAUUCCCUGCAGAAACUAUGCUACUGCCAUUGUCUUUGCCAUGUUUGUUGGCUCUUUGAUGGGGACUAUUUGGUUGACCAUGGCCAGCAUCAACGCGUCCAUAGUGGGGUUAAAGAAGUUUGGCAUUGCCAUGUCUAUUAGCUGGAUUGCCUGCGGUGCCUUCGGCUUUGCAUCUCCGAUAAUUGGUAUCGCUUUGAAGAAAAAUGGGCCUGCAAACCCAACCCAGUACCAACCUCCUGCAAUCUUCGUUGGAUUGUGUUAUUUCAUGGCGGGCGUCACUUUGGUGGUGCUUCGUGGAUGGUUGAUUUCAAGAAACAGCUAUGUCAAAGAAGAGACAGAAAACGAAGAUGACGUCUUAGAAAUCACGGUAUCUCCUAAGGAGACUAUAUCAAACUUGUUUGCAUACAGAAAAGUCUGAGAAUCUCGGAAUUAAAAAAAAUAGCUAUUCAAAUCUUUAUAUAGAAGUACGCAGUCUUUAAUAUUUAAUAUUUAAUAAUGGUCAUAGUAGU